AUGCACGCUCUUGUGAUUGGACACUUUUAUGGCCCAGAGCGGCUUCCCUGCCCCGAAGCUAACUAUGAUUUAGUCAGCCUAUGUUGCGCGUCCCGUUUGUACAAGAAGCGUUAUUGGCCCGGCCGUCUUCCUGUCGCGCCGCCUGUGUCUCGCACUCGGAACUUCCUUUCCUCACCUAACCGAGCUUCGAACAAGACUCAGGACAUGAUGCUGGAGCAGCUCAUCGCCAACAGGGCACCGUCGUUGGGCUACGCUUACACCGGCCAAGCCGUGCUCGGCGCUGCGGCAUUUGCGUCUUGCGACGAUGCAUUUGGCCCGCUCGCCGUUGGCUGUCGAAAUGGACGCCUCGACUUUACUUUGCUUUUCGAGCAGACCUUGUUUACAAUCGUGCCUUCUGCGCUGUUCAUGCUUGGCGCAAUUGUCGUCAUCAUUCAACUCUGGGGCCAAAAGCCCAAAGUGCAUGUAACGCGCAUAUACUACUUGAAAAUGACUAUUUGCUUCAUAUUGGUCGCCAUAAAAGCUGUGCUCCUUGCCCAAUGGAUCCAGCUGCGCCCAAAUGUGCCGGUCGGCACAGUCUCAGUUGCCGCUGCCGCUAUCAGUGUCGCCGACGCCGGAUUCCUCGCCCUCCUCGCCGGGUUGAGCCAUAUGCGGUCAAUAACGCCUUCAAAAUUAAUUAUCGCUUUCACGUUUUUUUCCGCUUUGCUUGACGGUUUUCGAUACCGUACCAUUCUCAUGGUGGAUGAGCUGGCGCCGUUGACCUACACAUUCGCCGCUGGCAUUGUUGCCAAGCUGGUUAUUUUUGGGCUGGAAGCCAAAAGUAAAAGGUCAGUGAUGCUUGGAGACUGGUCUGAGAUUGGUGCAGAAGAGACUUCAAGCAUCGUUGGCCAGCUUUUCUUGUGGUGGGUGAACCCUAUUCUUCAGAUUGGCAACGCCUCCUUCCUGAAAUCAAGCGAUUUGCCUCGAUUGAAGCCCGAACAACGAGCCCGCUAUCUGCUACCAAGAAUGUUACAAAACUGGGAAAGGUACAAAGACAGUGGCAAGUUCGCACUGGCUUUGAUGGUGCUCAACAGUUGCAGGUCGACUGUGAUUGCUGCCGGUAUUCCGCGACUGUUUCUUUCCGUUUUCAAAUUGCUGGUUCCUUUAUACAUCAAGGCAGUCAUACAGUAUGCGACGCGGCAAGACAAUGACAACCAAGUGGACAAGAACACCGGCUAUGCUCUGAUAGUCGGUGCGAUUUUCUUGUUUCUGGGAAGAGUGUUGAUAGCGAAUGCAUACGAACAGGCCAAGGCCCGCAUGAGAGUAAUGAUGCGUACAUCCCUGGUUGCCACAGUAUUGCACUUUGGUGCGCAGAUGGAACCUGGUGAGAAGAAGGGCUCGGCUGCUCUCACCCUCAUCACGGUGGAUGUAAAUCGGAUCGCCGUCUCGUUCUUCUUCAUCCACGACUUUUGGAUUGCACCACUUGAGACCGCCUUUGCAUUUUGGCUUUUGGCAGGGCAGGUUGGAUGGGGAUCCCUCGGUCCGCUAAUCACAAUCAUUUUUGGCGCUAUAGUUUCUGGUGUGUGCGCAAUAUAUGUUCCCAACGCACAAAAAAAGGUCAACGAAGCCAUCGAAAAACGCGUCAGCGACACGACUACUGUCAUUGGCCACAUGAAGGAAACAAAAAUGCUUGGACUUGUUGACUCAUGGUUUAUGGCUAUCAGAAAGUUGAUGGACAAUGAGAUCAGACAAUCUCUGGUCUUUCGAAGACUCAUGGUUGUUCUUAACGUCAGCAGCAAACUGCCUCAAAGUCUGGCCCCUCCACUCACUUUUGGCAUCGCGAUCCUCCUUACCAAGGCAGGCGAGCGCCUCUCUGUUGCAGAGGCUUUCACAUCUAUAAGUAUCAUGAACCUCAUCAUCGGUCCGAUUUCCCUGAUGGCGCACAUGUAUCCCUUCAUUAUUGCUGCUUUGCCAUGCUUUGUCCGCAUCCAAGAAUUCCUCAAACUAUGCAGCGAUUAUGAGGCUAGAGUGGCGCUCCUCGGCUCCUCCACUCAGCUGUCCGCAGUUGAGGAUCUGCUUCCCGAACUCGCAGAGCCGAUUCUCUCCAUUACAAACGGUAACGUCAAUGCCAAGUCGCGAGAAGAACCGUUGCUUCAAGACGCGACUCUGAAGAUUUUGCCCCAAACAUUCAACGUUGUGGCGGGCAAGGUCGGUUCAGGGAAGUCGGUGCUUCUGCAAGCCCUGUUGGGUCAGCUCAACAUCAGCGGCGACGCCAAAGUGCGCACGUCAAAUGUUGCAUACUGCUCCCAACAACCUUGGAUUAUUAGCGGAACUGCCAAAGACAACAUCGUUUGCAAGUCCGAGCCGGACGAGGCCUGGUACAAUGCUGUAGUGACAGCGUGUGGUCUGGACAGGGAUUUUGAGGACUUUCCGCAAGGCGAUGCCACUGCAGUUGGAACAAAGGGUGUUUCCCUAAGCGGUGGGCAAAAGCAGCGUAUCUCCUUGGCACGUGGCAUUUUCUCCCGCAAGCCCGUUGUCUUUGUGGAUGAUGUGCUGAGUGGCCUUGAUUGGGCCACUCAGCGUUUUAUCUGGGACCAAGUGUUUGGGCCCUCUGGCCUCUUGCGAAAGAACCGCGUGACAGUGGUUCUUGCAACUCAUGCACUUCACCUGAUUGAUCAACCUGACAGCGUAAUCCUCCUCGGUGAUGACGGCCCUGGUUCUGUUGUUCAAGGCACACUGGACGAACUCAAAGCAUCCACCAGGAUUCAAGACUUGAUCGCCACGAGCCACAAAUCUGCCGACGAUGAGACUGCGAAUACAAGCAGCGCCAGUUCCCAGAAGGGCAAUGGCGAGCAGACGGCCACUGUCAACGAAGCCGAGAAAACGCAAGAUCUGAUUCGCAAGACUGGCGAUGUCACGCUGUACUCGUACUACCUCAAAAUGGUUGAUCGCAAAGUGGCGGUACUUGCUUGCAUUGCCGCUUUUGCAUCCGCCACAUGGCCGGUUCUACCUGUCCUGUGGCUAAAGUGGUGGACGGAGGCGAACGAAUCGCCGACGCCGGUCAAUACCGCCUACUAUUAUUCAGUAUAUGUCUUGGUGAAUGUCCUGGAAAUCAUCAUCAUCCUGGGAACCUUUUACAUUGCUCUUAUCUACGUAGCGCCAACGGCUCUCCGGAAAGUUCACACUUGCCUUCUGAGAGCUACCAUGAGCGCGCCUCUUUCUUUCUUUGUCGCGACUCCGCCCGGCGACCUCGUCAAUCGUUUCAGCAGAGAUAUUGAGCAGAUUGAUCUGGAACUCCCUCUCAAUCUCACCUUUACUUUUAUGGCGGUCAUCUGGCUGAUGUCCGUGGUCGCGCUGAUUCUCGUCGGAUCGCUGUACAUGGCCGUCAUUAUUGCUCCAAUGAUGGUUUUUAUAUACGUGCUGCAAAAGUACUACUUGCAAACCUCGAGGCAGCUCCGUUACUUGGACAUACAAUCCUCGGCACCGGUAAACACACAUAUCAUUGAAAUGAUUGAUGGUGUCGCGACGGUCCAGGCGUAUGGCUGGGAGUCGCAGUAUCAGGCCACAGGUAUGGAUCUGCUGGACGAAACAAUGAGGCCCAACUACAUGAUGCGCAUCAUUCAGCUCUGGCUAGAGCUUGUUUUGGAUGUCUUUGUUGCCUUUGUCUGCAUUACUUUGAUCGUCAUUUGCAUCAUGAUUCCAACUUCUACAAGUCCCGGAGCGCUAGGUGUGGCACUAACCAAUGUCACGACACUGGGAGACUCUUUGGCAUGGCUAGUGCUCAGCUUCACGAGCACAGAGACUGCCCUGGGUUCUGUGGAGCGUAUUCGUUCUUUUGAAACCAAGACACCAAAGGAGUUGCCGCCUGCGAACCCGCAACGCCUGCCUCCGACCUGGCCGUCCAAAGGCGCCGUCCGCUUUAAUUCCGUCACCGCUUCCUACCCACCAAAAGGGAACAAUCCCGCGUUUCGCGCCCUCAAGAACAUUAAUGUUGACAUAGAACCGGGACAAAAGGUUGCGAUCUGCGGACGCACAGGCAGCGGUAAGUCGUCGCUGCUUCUGACGCUGUUCCGUCUGCUCGAUCUUGAGUCGGGCUCCAUCACAAUUGACAACAUCAACAUCAUGGAUGUCGCUCAGAAUGUUCUGCGACCGCGCCUUGUCUCAGUUCCUCAGGAGCCUAUGCUCCUCCCAGGCUCUCUGCGCUCGAACCUUGUGCGCAAUAGCAACGAGAGCACCAAGGGCGACAAGGUGGAUGAAUUGGACGACGAGAAGCUCAUCAACUACUUGAAGAUUGUGGAACUCUGGGAUCUUGUUGAGGGACAAGGUGGCUUAGAUGGUGACGCGGCCGACUUGAAGCUGUCGCAAGGACAAAAGCAGCUAGUAUGCAUGGCACGCGCCCUCGCCAGCAAGGACGAAAGCUCCAUCCUUGUCCUUGACGAGGCCAUGAGCACCGUUGACAGGCAGACUGAAGAGCUCAUGGUCAAAAUUUUGGAGGAUCAUUUUGCAGAGCAUACCAUUAUCUCAGUUGUGCAUCGUCUCAACACUGUCGAAAAGUUUGAUACUGUGCUGCUGCUAGAUGCCGGCGAGGUGGUGGAGGCGGGCUCACCAGAAACUCUACUGGCCAAGGAGGAUGGUCGGUUCAGAGCGCUGUGGCAUGGAAAAGAGGCGUAA